UCCCUCGGCGACAGGGCGUCUGAGGCGGCGCGAGAAGGCAGCCAGGCACUCGCGCGGGCAGCCUCUGAUCCGAGGGCGGGGUCCUCGCGGGGAAGCUGGGCUGCCGUACAGCAGCAUGGCGGCGCUGUGCCGAGCGAGCCCGCGCUUCCUGCGCAAGUCCGGGCUCUGCCGUACAGCGCGGGCCCUGUCUUCAGAGAAGCACGAAUAUGAUCUCCUAGUCGUCGGGGGAGGAUCUGGCGGCCUUGCUUGUGCGAAAGAAGCUUCCCAAUUUGGAAAGAAGGUAGCUGUGUUAGAUUAUGUGGAUCCUUCUCCGAAAGGAACCAAAUGGGGUCUUGGUGGAACCUGUGUGAAUGUUGGUUGCAUUCCUAAGAAGCUGAUGCACCAAGCAGCUCUUCUGGGAAGAUCUCUCAAAGAUGCCCAGCGCUAUGGCUGGAAUGUAUCCUAUCCCGUGAAUCAUGACUGGUCUGCAAUGUCAAAAGCUGUUCAAAACUACGUCAAAUCCUUGAACUGGGGCCACAGGGUACAGCUGCAGGAUAAGAAAGUGAAAUACUUAAACUUGAAAGGCAGUUUUGUGGAUCCACAUACAAUUCGUGGGCUGAUGAAAGGAGGCAAAGAGACAUUGCUCACAGCAGAAAACAUAGUCCUUGCCACAGGGGGAAGGCCUAAAUAUCCCACAAACAUCGCCGGAGCACGGGAGUAUGGGAUUACGAGUGACGAUCUCUUUUGGCUGAAAAAGUCUCCUGGGAAAACGUUGGUUGUCGGAGCCAGCUAUGUUUCCCUCGAAUGUGCUGGCUUUCUCACUGGCCUCGGACUGAACGCGACAGUUAUGAUGAGGAGCAUCCCACUCCGAGGAUUUGACCAGCAAAUGGCUACUCUUGUAGCAGAUCACAUGGAAGGCCAUGGGACGAGAUUCCUGAAGAAAUGUAGCCCAACGAAGGUGAAGAAGGCGGAGAACGGCCGGCUGCGCGUGACAUGGAAAUACCUCGAUUCUGGCAAAGAAAAGUCGGACGAAUUUGACACUGUGAUGUGGGCAGUAGGCCGAGCCCCUGACACCCAGACUCUCAACUUGGAGAUGGCUGGAGUGGAAACGAAUCCCGUGACGGGGAAAAUCAUUGUUGAUGCAAGAGAAACCACUUCUGUUCCUCACAUUUAUGCAGUUGGAGACAUAACAGAGGGUCGCCCCGAGCUAACGCCUACGGCCAUUGCUGCAGGGAAGCUGGUUGCUCAGAGGCUAUUUGGCCAGUCGGCAGAACUCAUGGAUUACGACAACGUGCCUACCACUGUCUUCACUCCCCUGGAGUAUGGCUGUGUAGGACUCUCAGAAGAAGAAGCUGCAGGGCGGUUUGGAGCAGAUCAUAUAGAGGUGUACCAUGCGUUUUAUAAGCCGUUGGAAUUUACCGUGGCCGAAAGAGAUGCAGCUCAAUGUUACAUAAAAAUGGUGUGCUUACGCCAGCAAGAACAGCGAAUCCUCGGCCUUCAUUUCAUUGGUCCAAACGCUGGCGAAGUUAUUCAAGGAUUUGCCCUUGGAAUCAAAUGUGGCGCUACCUAUUCCCAAAUGGCGAAGACGGUUGGGAUCCACCCUACCUCUGCAGAGGAAGUUGCCAAACUGCACAUCACCAAGCGGUCGGGGGCCGAUCCUACCGUCACUGGCUGCUGAGGUUAGCUGCCAUCCCUGGGUAGGAACCGAAAGAGCACCCGGCGUAAGGAAUCUGAAGAAAAAGGAGAGAACAGCUGGAAGAUUGAGAAAUGCCAGACGUCAAUCUGAAUUUAUGCUGACGGGAUGGAACUGACGGCAAAGCAGGACGGAUGGAAAC